GUCAAAACUGUCAAAUCAAACCUGCUUUCCGGCUUUUGAUAAUUGUUUAUUUACUUAGUUAUACUGAUAAAAUUGCACUGUAAAAGCUUUAAAUCGAGUAAGCAAUGGAUCCUUACGAAAUAGAGUUCAUUGGCGAGAACCGAAUAGUUAGUAUCAUACCGAAUUUCACUUACGACAAAAUCUACUUGAUUUGCGGGGAAUUUGGGCCUUUCCGGGCUGGUUUGCCGAUGAACGUGCCCCUGUGGUUGGCUGUGAUGCUGAAGCAAAAGCAGAAGUGCCGCAUGGUGCCUCCUGACUGGAUGGAUAUCGAAGUUUUAGAAGGAAUUAAAGAGGCGGAGAAAAACUCCAGGUUCUUCACAAAAAUGCCCAAUGAACACUAUAUGGUAGAAGCCAAGCUCAUUCUAGGAACUGCCCCUGAGGAUGUCCCGAGAGCCGCUGAGAUCAAAACUAUAAUAAAAGACAUUUGGGAUAUCCGCAUGUCGAAGCUGCGGACUUCUAUGGACGCGCUGAUGAAGGCGGGAGGGAGCUACGGUAGGCUGGAUCAUUUGACCAUGAUGGAGAUUAACUCGGUGAAGCCUCUGCUGCCGGAGGCAAUGGAUGAGUUGCAUAGGAUACAGAUGAUGACAUCAAAGAACAUUCCCACGACCAGCCUCAACACCAGCUCUUUCAGCCAGUCGGGAAACUCACAGAAUUUAUAACCUUAAGCUUGCCUACUCACUAUCUAGAUACAUACAGUACCGGCCAAUAAUAUAUCACCUCCAUGUUUUUACGGUAUAACUUUUUUUAUAUUUGUGAGUGACAUCCACCUCACUGCUUUAGGUAUUCUAGUAAUAUUCCUUUGUACGGGCGAUGAGAAUAGUAAUAUUCCUUUGUACGGGCGAUGAGAAAAACUCAGGUCUCAUGUAAUGGUUUUUUUCAUAGAGGUUUUUUUACUACAGGUUUAUAUUCAUCAUAUAUUUGAAAAAAUAAAAUGACUAGUAAAAUAUCAUCAUAUCAGCCCUUUAUCGGCCACUGCUGAGCAUAGGCCGCUCUUCCAGUACGCCACUUGUUCGGUCCUGAGCUAAUCUCAUCCAGAAGUGACCCGCAACCUUCCGGAUGUCGUCCACCCAACAAGCCGAUGGACGCCAGGGGCUUCUUUCUUUCUUCUCUUCUUUCUUCUUUCAUUCUUUCAGUAAAUUCAUUCAAUUCAUUCAGUAAAAUAUGCAAUCUACAAACUAACCUACAUUGUUUUGCUCUAUACAAGCUCAUACAAAAUCAAAGGUGAUGCAUUAUUGGCCGGUACUGUAUAAGUAUUUGUGGUAUUUUCUAUAAAAAGGGACCUUAUUGUCGAUGGGGCUUAUGCCAUUAUUAACGAUGCUCCGAUAUAAAUACAAUGCCGCGCGACGCUGUGCAGCGCAAGCGCCAUCGACAAUAAGGUCCCUUUUCAUAGAAAAUGCCUCAUUUUUCUAUGGUUAUUGAUAAGUUAGUAUACCUUCUGGAAUUAAGCGAUCUUUGUUUAUUUGAUUAUAGCAUUUUAAGAUUUA